AUUUCUCUUUCCCCGUCACCCCUCCCUCCCUCCUUCAAAAUCACACCCACCUUUCUAGACGGACGUCGCUAGUGGUGUUGCUGUUUUCUUUGCUUUUUCCUCUGCUUCUUACCAUAGUCGUCUUCAUUUUAAAUUUAUUAUCAUCACUUCCCAAUCCUCGAUUAGAGGUGAAAAUCGACUUUUAAAAACUCUUCAAAAUCCGCCAGCCAAAGGACAAAAGCGCGUCUUGUUUGGCUGUUUCUCUUUCCCUUUUUCCUUCUCUUUCUCCUUUGAGAAUUGAGGGAAAGAGAUCCCCGUCUUCCGCCUGCCUAAAUAUACAGAUCGUCGGCGAUUGCCCAGAAAAAAAAAAAACUAAAUUCAAAUAAUUCCGAGAGGCUCGGCGGAGAUGGAGACCGAAAACAAGAAGCCGGCUGUUUCGGAUGUUGGAGCCUGGGCCAUGAACGUUGUCAGUUCCGUCGGCAUUAUUAUGGCCAACAAGCAGCUCAUGUCCUCUAACGGUUACGCUUUUAGCUUCGCCACGACGUUAACGGGUUUCCAUUUUGCGGUAACGGCUUUGGUGGGACUUGUAUCGAAUGCGACUGGCUUAUCCGUAUCAAAGCAUGUUCCAAUGUGGGAGCUUCUCUGGUUUUCUAUUGUUGCUAAUAUGUCUAUCACCGGCAUGAACUUCAGCCUUAUGCUUAACUCCGUUGGAUUCUACCAAAUUUCUAAACUCAGUAUGAUUCCUGUGGUUUGCGUCAUGGAAUGGAUUCUUCAUAACAAACAAUACUCAAGAGAAGUGAAGUCAUCUGUUUUGCUCGUAGUUAUAGGUGUUGGCGUUUGUACUGUUACUGAUGUCAAGGUUAAUGCUAAAGGUUUCAUAUGUGCUUGUGUAGCUGUUCUGUCUACAUCUUUGCAGCAAAUUACUAUAGGUUCUUUACAGAAGAAGUAUUCAAUUGGAUCAUUUGAACUGUUAAGUAAAACAGCCCCAAUUCAAGCCCUUUCUCUUCUUGUUGUUGGUCCAUUUGUUGAUUACUGCCUCAAUGGAAAAUUUAUAACAACCUAUAAAAUGUCUACUGGUGCCAUUUUAUUUAUAAUUCUUUCCUGUUCCCUAGCUGUGUUCUGCAAUGUGAGCCAGUACCUCUGUAUUGGAAGAUUCUCAGCAGUUUCCUUCCAGGUUUUAGGUCACAUGAAAACAGUUUGUGUUCUCACCCUGGGAUGGCUACUCUUUGAUUCUGAGUUGACUUUCAAGAAUAUAAUGGGGAUGGUUAUUGCAGUAGCUGGCAUGGUUGUCUACAGUUGGGCUGUAGAGGCUGAAAAGGGUGCAAGUGCCAAGGCCAUACCCUUUACGAAGAACAGUCUAACAGAGGAGGAAAUCAGACUUCUCAAGGAGGGAGUGGAAAGCGUUCCUGUAAAGGAUGUUGAACUUGGCGAGUCUAAAGGAUAGGUGAACCUGGCUAGACAUUGAGUCUCAGUUCAGUUUAGUCAAUAUCUUGCAUGUUCAUGUGACUGCGCUCUAUUUAUUUAAGCAAUUUGUUCUUUAAUUUAAUUCUUGGUGGUUUUAUUUUUUUUUUUUUUCGUCUAUUUUUGUAUGUGCAAAAGAGAUUAGCGAUGGAAUUUUGAUGUGAUAAAGGAAAUGUAAAACUCUGUAUCUCAGUUGAAAGCUCUUAGCAAGCAAUAGAAUCAGGUUCUUUGCUACUUAAA